AUGCGGAAGAGAUGGGCCUGCUGGAGCGGAAGUGACGCUUCCGGCGGCUGUGGCGGCAGCGGCUGCGGGAGAAGGAGGAGGAGGAGCCGGAGAAAGAGGGCUGCCUCUGAAGAAAGGAGAAUGGCGUUCAGCAAAGGAUUUCGGAUCUAUCACAAAUUGGAUCCCCCACCUUUCAGUCUCAUAGUGGAAACUAGGCACAAGGAAGAAUGUCUCAUGUUCGAGUCUGGGGCCGUAGCGGUGCUCUCAUCUGCAGAAAAAGAGGCAAUCAAGGCUACAUACUCCAAAGUACUGGAUGCAUAUGGACUCUUAGGUGUUUUACGAUUAAAUCUUGGUGAUACCAUGUUACAUUAUCUGGUCCUAGUCACAGGAUGUAUGUCCGUUGGAAAAAUCCAAGAAUCUGAAGUUUUCCGAGUUACUUCCACUGAAUUUAUAUCACUACGAGUCGAUUCUUCAGAUGAGGAUCGCAUUUCAGAAGUGCGAAAAGUUUUGAAUUCAGGAAACUUUUAUUUUGCGUGGUCUGCAUCUGGAACCAGUUUAGAUCUGAGUCUUAAUGCACAUCGCAGCAUGCAGGAACACACGACUGAUAAUAGAUUUUUCUGGAAUCAGUCUUUGCACUUGCAUCUCAAGCACUAUGGCGUGAAUUGCGAUGACUGGCUAUUACGCCUCAUGUGUGGGGGAGUAGAAAUCAGAACAAUUUAUGCUGCUCAUAAACAGGCAAAGGCUUGCCUCAUUUCUAGACUAAGCUGUGAACGAGCUGGGACCAGAUUUAAUGUCCGAGGAACAAACGAUGAUGGUCACGUCGCUAAUUUUGUAGAAACAGAGCAGGUCGUGUACUUAGAUGACUCUGUUUCUUCCUUCAUACAAAUUCGGGGAUCUGUUCCAUUGUUCUGGGAGCAACCAGGGUUGCAGGUGGGAUCUCAUCGUGUUCGUAUGUCAAGGGGAUUUGAAGCCAAUGCACCUGCUUUUGACAGGCAUUUUAGAACACUUAAGAAUUUAUAUGGUAAACAAAUAAUAAUAAAUUUGCUUGGAUCUAAGGAAGGCGAACAUAUGCUAAGUAAGGCUUUCCAGAAUCAUUUGAAAGCUUCUGAACAUGCUACUGAUAUCCAGAUGGUGAAUUUUGACUAUCAUCAAAUGGUUAAAGGAGGAAAAGUAGAAAAAUUGCAUAGUAUUCUUAAACCUCAAGUCCAAAAGUUUGUGGAUUAUGGAUUUUUUUAUUUCGAUGGAAAUGAAGUUCAAAGAUGCCAGAGUGGUACAGUUCGAACAAACUGCUUGGAUUGUCUUGACAGAACCAACAGCGUGCAGGCAUUCCUUGGCUUAGAGAUGCUGGCUAAACAGUUGGAAGCUCUUGGCUUAGCUGAAAAGCCUCAGUUGGUGACUCGCUUUCAGGAAGUUUUUCGGUCCAUGUGGUCUGUGAAUGGUGAUUCAAUCAGUAAGAUAUAUGCAGGAACCGGAGCUCUGGAAGGAAAGGCUAAGGCUGGAAAGUUAAAAGAUGGUGCUCGGUCUGUUACUAGAACGAUUCAAAAUAACUUCUUUGACAGCUCCAAGCAAGAGGCCAUUGAUGUCUUACUCCUGGGAAAUACUCUAAAUAGUGAUUUAGCUGACAAAGCUCGAGCACUUUUAACUACUGGAAGUUUGCGUGCUUCUUCUAAAGUACUAAAGAGCAUGUGUGAGAAUUUCUACAAGUAUUCAAAGCCCAAGAAAAUUCGAGUAUGUGUUGGAACCUGGAAUGUGAAUGGUGGGAAGCAGUUUCGCAGUAUAGCUUUUAAGAAUCAGACACUCACCGACUGGCUUCUUGAUGCACCCAAGUUAGCUGGGAUCCAGGAGUUUCAAGAUAAAAGAAGCAAGCCAACUGAUAUAUUUGCAAUUGGUUUUGAAGAAAUGGUAGAGUUGAAUGCUGGAAACAUUGUAAAUGCAAGCACAACGAAUCAGAAGCUCUGGGCCGUGGAACUUCAGAAGACCAUCUCCAGGGACAAUAAGUACGUGCUGCUGGCUUCUGAGCAGUUGGUGGGCGUGUGCCUGUUUGUCUUCAUCAGGCCACAGCAUGCGCCUUUCAUCAGGGAUGUCGCGGUCGAUACCGUGAAGACCGGAAUGGGAGGAGCGACUGGGAAUAAGGGAGCCGUUGCGAUACGGAUGUUAUUCCACACAACAAGCCUUUGCUUCGUCUGCAGCCACUUUGCUGCAGGGCAAUCACAGGUCAAAGAAAGAAAUGAAGAUUUUGUAGAAAUAGUACGAAAACUGAGUUUUCCUAUGGGGAGGAUGCUCUUUUCCCAUGACUAUGUAUUUUGGUGUGGUGAUUUCAACUAUCGAAUUGAUCUCCCUAAUGAGGAAGUUAAAGAGCUCAUAAGACAGCAAAACUGGGAUUCCCUCAUAGCAGGAGAUCAACUUAUCAACCAGAAAAAUGCUGGACAGAUUUUUAGAGGAUUUUUAGAAGGAAAAGUAACCUUCGCUCCGACAUAUAAAUAUGAUUUGUUUUCUGAAGACUAUGACACCAGUGAAAAGUGCCGCACGCCUGCGUGGACGGACCGCGUCCUCUGGAGAAGAAGGAAGUGGCCUUUUGACAGAUCAGCUGAAGAUUUAGAUCUUCUAAAUGCUAGUUUUCAAGAUGGAAGCAAAAUCCUCUACACGUGGACUCCUGGUACUUUGCUGCAUUAUGGAAGAGCCGAGCUGAAGACUUCUGACCAUAGGCCUGUUGUUGCCCUGAUUGAUAUAGAUAUAUUUGAAGUUGAAGCCGAAGAGAGGCAAAACAUUUAUAAAGAAGUAAUUGCAGUUCAGGGUCCACCAGACGGUACAGUAUUGGUCUCGAUCAGAGGUUCUGUACCAGAAAAUAAUUUCUUUGAUGAUACUUUGAUUGAUGAGCUUCUGCAGCAGUUUACAAAUUUUGGUGAAGUUAUUCUCAUAAGAUUUGUAGAAGAUAAAAUGUGGGUUACAUUUUUGGAGGGAAGUUCUGCCUUGAGUGUUCUAAGCCUAAAUGGUAAAGAGUUAUUGGGUCGGACUAUAACUAUUACUUUAAAAAGUCCAGACUGGAUCAAAAAUUUGGAAGAAGAAAUGAGUUUAGAGAAAAUUAGCGUUCCGUUACCAUCGUCAACAAGCUCUACCCUGCUCGGUGAAGAUGCGGAGGUCACGGCAGAUUUCGAUAUGGAAGGUGAUGUCGAUGACUAUAGUGCUGAAGUAGAGGAAAUUCUCCCUCAGCAUCUCCAGCCAUCUUCAAGUUCUGGCCUUGGCACUUCCCCAAGCUCUUCACCCCGGACCAGUCCCUGCCAGUCACCUACAAUAUCAGAGGGUCCUGUACCUUCCCUUCCCAUGAGGCCAAGUCGAGCACCGUCCCGAACUCCUGGGCACGCACCUUCACAAAAUACUUUUCUAGGUUCUCCUAUCGACACUCUGCCAGCAACGCAGCCGCAACAGAAAGAUUCUCCCCAGACUCUGGAGCCCAAGCGGCCUCCUCCUCCCCGCCCAGGUGCUCCUCCCGCUCGGCCAGCUCCCCCACAAAGACCGCCUCCACCUUCCGCACCCAAAAGCCCUGGAACAACACGGAAAGAUAAUAUAGGACGCAACCAGCCUUCACCUCAAGCAGGACCUGCAGGCCCAGGACCUGCUGGAUACGGGGCAGCCAGACCGACCAUCCCGCCCCGCGCUGGAGUGAUCAGCGCCCCGCAGAGCCAUGCCCGGGCGUCUGCUGGAAGACUGACUCCUGAAAGCCAAAGCAGACCAUCAGAAGUACUGAAAGGUUCAGUUCUUCUUCCUGAACCUCUGAAGCCUCAGGCCGCCCUGCCUGUACAGCCUUCUCCACCCCCACCUGUUCAAAAGAUGCAGGAGCCUCUGGUCCCUCUGGCAGCACCUGUGCCUCAGUCUGCCCUGCAGCCGAACCUGGAAAGCCCCCCGCAGCCCCCACCCCGGAGCAGGUCGUCCCACAGCUUGCCUUCAGAACCUUCAGCACAGCAGCAGAUAAAAACAAAUGGAAUCUCCGCUGUCAGACUGGAAUCACCAUUAAAGAGUGACCCAUUUGAAGAUCUGUCAUUUAAUCUGCUUGCUGUAUCAAAGGCUCAGUUAUCUGUUCAAACGUCACCUGGUCUAACCCCACACCCAAAGGGGUUGAUUCAGUUGCCUUCUGCAACACAAAGUAACAUUAACGCUUUGAGUUCCGUAAGUUGCAUGCCGACAUUGCCUCCAGUUCCGGCCCGGAGCAAAUCCCAGGAAAAUAUGCGACGUUCUCCAAACCCGUUUACCAUGAGCUUGACCAGCACAAACCCUUUCACCGACAGGACUGCCGCUUCCGGAAACCCAUUUAGAGCCAAAUCGCAAGAAUCAGAAGCAACUUCAUGGUUCUCCAAAGAAGAGCCCGUUGCUCACAGUCCUUUCCCUUCUCUGAAGCCUCCUGGUCAUACCAAUAGCAAGCCUCCGCCUUCACUGGAUGGCUUUAAGGACAGUUUUGAUCUGCAGGACCAGUCUACAGCAACAAGUAGCCACCCAAAAGGAUGGGUGACCUUCGAGGAAGAAGAGGACUUUGGUGUGAAAGGGAAGUCAAAGUCGGCUUGUCCGGAGUUCCUGGGUAAUCAGCCAGGUUCGUCUUCUGGCCCCGAUGCGAUCUUUGAUGAUGACUGGAAUAAAGGUACAAAUGUUUCUUUCUGUGUGUUGCCAUCAAGAAGGCCACCUCCACCUCCUGUUCCUCUGCUCCCACCUGGCACUACCCCUCCAGUAGAUCCUUUCACCGCUUUGGCAUCUAAGGCAUCACCCACACUAGACUUCACAGAAAGAUAAUGCCAUGCAAUAGAAAACAGCUGGUUUUCAGUUUUGGCAGGGUAGAGACAAAAGAAUUGGGCAUUAGUUAUUCAUUAUGUGCAAUAGGCAUUGUUAAGUGCACUGAUGUCGUCAUGAAAUACCACUAUUUAAUGUGUACAGAGCUGGACUAUGUGUAUAUUGGAAAUAAGGAAAAAUCCUCACCAUCAACUGGAGUUUUGAUAUGUUUCUGUUUGGAUAACUAAGAGAGUAGUAGCCAUAAAAAGUGCUCAAAACUACUUUAGAAAAUAGUCGUUAUUCAGAAAUUCUUUGUUAGUCUUCUCUAAAGGAUCUCAAGAAGCCCAAACCACUUCCAGCUGACAUUACUGCCAGCCCUUUUGUACUUGUUAACAAUUGGUAUUUAAAAGUGUUUACCAAAGAGCUGUCAAAGUGAUACUGAAACAAAAUUUUGAAAGGCGUUGCUUUAAAAAAAAAAAAGCUUGUAUACACACAUAUGUGCAUAUAUAUACACUGACAUACUUAUAAAACUCAUCAUUUAAAUUCCAGGAUAUAACUCAAACCAGAUUUUCACCUAAAAGUUCUAACAGUUCUCUUUUUAGUAUUUCAUCAUCAAAAGGAUGGCUGUAAAUGAAAUUUGGACAUUUCAUUCAUUUUCUUUCCAAAACGAAAAUAAAUAACCCUGACUAUAGAACCAGAAUUUUCACACCCCACCGCUUCAAACGGACACAACACACAUCCUUGUUACCCUCUACUCUAGCGCCUCCAUGUGCUUCUCUCCGGGAGAAGCUUCUGCAGCUGGAAGCAGCGUAUUUUGUGGUCAUUGUCAUGCAGACGGACGCUCCAGCCCUUUCAGAAAAGCGCUGUGGUCUUCUGUGUUGGGAAGGCACAUCCCACCAAGUUCAGUGAAAAACAUUAGAGCUCAAUGUCCUCUCUUCUCAGUAAGUGCAGGUGUUUGUUGCCCAUUUCCCUCCACGCUUUUCUAUCUGCUGCCUUCACUCUGGAGCUUCGUGAGCAGGGAGAGCAGCAGUCCUCAGAGCCUGGAUUGCGGAUCCCUAGAGGUGUGCUGUCUCCCCUUAAGAGGCCACAUACCACAUCUCUGAUGCUGCUUUAAGUUCUCGGAGCCCACACCUCAGAUUAGCUAUGGAUUCUGUCUCCUGCACUGCCAAUAGACAACUGAUCCUGCUUUUGUUUUAUGAAGUACACAGAAUUUUUACAGAAUGUAGAAUUUUGAUAUCAUUAAGUAAUCCCAAUCAGAAAACUCCUUGAGCAGUUGUUUUGUUGUCAGUUUAAGUUAAAAUCAUCUUUACCCACUAAGACUUGUACUAACAUUCCUUUUAUAUAAAAAGUUGUAUGUGUCCACCUAAAUUCCGUUGUCCACAUUUAACCUUCAAAGAUGUGUAUUGGGGGAAUAUCAGAAAAUAGAGCUCAUGGCUAAGAAUAUGUAAAGUGGAAAAGCACAGCAAACUGCAUUGCACUUAACCACAUACAGCAAAUCUAUUAGGAAAAAAAGUACUUUUCUAAAUGCUCAGAUGUUAUCAAAAUACUAUAUUUAUAGAAGUAAUCCUCUCUCUGUUAACAGCCAGGAUUUGCUGUUAGAAAUAACUCUUGUGAGUUUUAUAUUGUGCUUUUUGGGGGGUUCUAAUCAUUUCAGCAUUGGUAUAUUUUAAACAGCAGUAUUACUAUUAGCGGUGUGCUUCAGAAUGUGAAUUAACUUGUUGAAACUGUGGCUUUAACAUCUGUGUGACUAGUGUAUUUGAUAUUCACGCUCCAUUAGCAAAAUAAUUCAUUAUAAACUCCACUAGUGCAGAUUGCAGUUCUGUGAGCAAUGUUCCCUAUUGAAUAUAAACUACUGUCUAAAAUAUACAUAUCAUGCAGCAGCUAGGCCUUUAUCAGGAAAAUUAUAUUUGGCAAGUUGCUGAAAGUGCACAAGCUCUGAAAGUUAAAGGUAUGCUGCAAAUAACUAGCCAUUAUCCUGUGUAUUAUUAAAAUAUUUACCAGUUCUGUUAAAAGCAGAGCAGAAAUUAGACACUAAGAAUCUUUGUGAAUUCUUUGUUCUCUAUAGUAGAUUGCUGUUUAUAUGUAAGAAUUUUAUUGCUUAUGUGGCAUACAAUAUUUAUAACUAUAUACUUUAUAGAAGUACAGUAUUAAAGUUAGUGAAAUACGAACAUUCUGUACAUAUCCCGUGAAAUGUGCUGUCAUAUGAAAUAAAUAUACCUGUCUUUACCAUAUUGA